AUGGCGGCCUCGGUGUUUGCGAAUGAGGACCUGCUACACGAGAUCUUUCAAAACUGCUCAAAGCAAGACAUCGCCAGCGUCCGCCAAUGCCAUCGCCAAUUCGAGCCCGCUGCCUCUCACUACUUGUUCACCUCCAUCACUUGCGGCUUCCGAAAGAGAUACCUCAGACGGCUUCGACGUAUUGCGGCUAACGAAAAGUUCAGCAAAGGUGUUCGGGAAAUCGUCUGGGAGACCGCAUCAUAUCAGAACCAAAAGAGCCCGUACAAGAUGCAGCAGGUACUGGAUUGCUUGGACCUGACUACGGAACAUUACGACCAAGGCUUGAAGAAAUUCAUAUCAGGACUGAGAAUUGCGACAGCACGAAUGGACGCCUUGGCUGCUGAUGAAGCUGAACUCAUUACCGCCACUUGGUUCUUUGCCAAUGUCCAAGCCGCCCUGUCGUCGUUCACUGGCCUACGCCGAGUCGUUGUAACAUCAUGGCGACGAGAUGACUUACAAUUCUUCAGUGCCAGAACUCUCCUUGGAAAAGACGACUUCAUGCCGCCCCCAUUUCAGACCCUCCUCGACGCACGCGCCACAAAGAGCAACCAAGCAUAUUCGACCAUGCUCCUGCCACUUCUUCUUGCAAGAGCGGGACGCGAGCUCACCAGUCUCGAAACCCUGCCCACCCCCAAGACGGUUCUCGGACAGGAGGGUGCCAAACAAUACACAUUUCCAGGCCUUCAGUUUCAUUUCAACUGGAUGGCCUCCGACCCGUUGAAGUUGCAGCAAUCAAUGUGGCCUCUACGCAAGCUCCGUACACUGCAUCUCGAUAUUGGCGACCAGAACAUCAAAGGUCGUCCUCAAAACCAAUCGCUCCGCGAGAACACUGGAAACGGCGGCCUUGCACAGUUCCUUGCGAGCCUUCCCAAGCUCGAGUCGCUACACAUACGCCUCUACUCCGUCGCUUUCGUUGCCGACAUGCUCUCCUACACAGUCCUGUCGAUACAUGACGUUUUCGGCAGCACCCUCUUCCCUUGCCUUCGGCAUUUGCGCCUGGAGAGCAUGUGGCUCGAGUCUUCAGAAGGCCUUUGCACUCUACUCGAAGCGCACAGCGUCACCCUCGAGACGUUGGAACUGUCCAAUAUCAACAUUGGUGGAGUGGGAGCUGCGACGCUCCCUGGAUUUCCUCAUGCAUGCGUUGUCCCGGCUGCACUUGAAGGAGACCUGUUGGCAGAGCGGCCAUCGCACGACGAAUGGUUCAAGAUCGCCGAGACUUGUCGCCGUCUGCCCAAGCUCAAGGGGCUGUUCAUCGAAUCGCCUUCGGUGUCGAAGGAAUGGAACUACUUGCCUUUCUUCGAGACGGAGGAGUUGAUGGAGAUUGGUAUGGAUGGGAAGGAGAACGAGUUAUACCAGGGCGUCGAGCAUGGCAUUGAGCUUGGUUUGUGA